CCAUUCACAACUUAAAUCCAAUUAAUUCAGCUCAAAAUUCACAGCCAAAAAAAAAAAAAAAACCCAGUUUCCCUUCCUCACUUCGAGAAAUUUCACUCCAAUCCUAGUCAAAUCUGCUGUUUCUUCAUCGCCGGGCGGUUAAUCAAAGUCGAAAGCAAAGCAAAAGUGAAGUUACUGGUGCAGCAGUUCUCUUCAGCUCGACCAAUUCAAUUUUGAGAUGGAAGAGGAGGGUGUGGUUGGAGUUCUGCAGCGAUAUAGGCGGGACAGGAGAGUGCUGCUGAGUUUCAUUUUAUCUGGUAGCUUAAUCAAGAAGGUGGUAAUGCCCCCAGGAGCAGUUUCGUUGGAUGAUGUGGAUCUGGAUCAAGUCAGUGUUGACCAUGUUUUGAAUUGUGCCAAGAAAGGAGAAAUGCUUGACCUCUCAGAAGCUAUUAGAGAGUAUCAUGACAGUACUUUGUUCCCAAAUAUGAAUAAAGCAGGUCCUGCCGAUGAAUUCUUUUUGGUUACGGAUCCUAUUUCUUCAGGUUCACCUCCAAGAAGGGAACCUCCUCUUCUCCACAGUAUUAUGCCAUCCCCCAUUUUGCCAAGUCUAGCAACUCCAGAGACUCUUGAUUCUGCAGAAGAUGAAAAUUUGUUAAAUCUAUCAAAGUCCCAGUCUCUUAACUCCACACAAGUUCAAGAGUUGACUAUCGAUGACAUUGAUGAUUUUGAUGAUGAUGAAGAUUUGGAAGAAGUUGAUAGUCAGCGAUACUCUAGACGAGUUCUGAAUGAUGCUGCUGAUCUGGAGCUUGGAUUGCCUUCAUUUGCCACAGGUAUUAUGGAUGAUGAUCUCCGUGAAACUGCAUAUGAGAUUCUCUUGGCUUCUGCUGGAGCUUCAGG